AAUGUUUGUAAGAUACACAAGAUAUGCCUUUUCAUCAUUCCCAUCUCCAUUGGUUUCAGUACAAUAUUUGAAAUAAAAUCUUAAUAAAGUCAAAGUGUUAGGUAAAAAUAGAAGCUUAAAAUAGAUUGUUCAUGGUACCUUCCAUAAAUGAAUCGAAAUGCAGAAUUAGAAUAUAAAAAAUAACAUAUUCCUGGAGCUAUUCGUUUUGAUAUUGAUGCAAAUAGUCUGUAAGAAACAAGUUUACCACAUAUGCUUCCAAAAAAAGAAGAUUUUGAGAGGUACAUGAAUUAUGUAAAAAAGAUCUGUUUCUGAUAUGGGAAUUAGUAAUAAUGAUUAAAUAGUUGUAUAUGAUGGAAUGAAUAUCUUUUCAUCUGCACGAGUGUAUUGGCAAUUCAAAUAUUUUGGACAUCAGGAUAUAGCUGUUUUAGAUGGUGGUUUUCCAGCUUGGGUGAGAGAUAAUUGUGCUGUUUCUGAUGCUCCACCAUUAAUAAAGGAAGCAAAUUAUAAGGCAACAGUUUAACCACAUAUGUUAAGAGAUCUAAAUUUCAUAAUAAAAAAUAUAGAGAAUUAAAAUAAAGGAAAGAAAGGAGAUUAAGUCUUAGAUGCUAGACCAGGUCCAAGAUUUAAUGGAGAAGUACCUGAACCUAGAGCUGGAUUAUCAAGUGGUCAUAUGCCAUAUUCUACUUCAUUACCUUUUAGUCAAUUAAUUGAUUAAACAACAGGAUUAAUGAAAAAUGUAUAAUUAUUUAAUUAAAGGUAUUUAGGUAGAAGAGAUCAAAUAAAUAUUGAAUAAUCUGAAUGUUGAUAUUAAUAAAAAUAUUGUAUGUUCAUGUGGAUCAGGUGUUACUGCAGCUAUUAUUUAUGUUGCAUUAGAAAGAUUAGGAUUAAAAAAUAUAUCAUUAUAUGAUGGAAGUUGGAGUGAAUAUGCUGCCACUAAAGAUGUGGAAAUCAGAAAGAAAUGA